AUGUCCGACGCUGGGAAAAAAGUUACGCGAAAAGAAGCGAAAAAGGCGAAAGCCAAAGAGAAUUAUGACAAGACAAUUCUCUCGAUGGGAGGUGUCGUUGACAAUCUUCCGCAAGUUGAAGGAAAUCAAGAUGAACCUGGAGGAAUCGGUUCUGGAGCGGAGCUUGGAGCUCAUUUCACUGUCUCCCAGACAUCUAAAACUGGAACGCAGUUGACGCAAAUGGAAAAUAGUAUGGAUAUCAAACUCGAAAACUUUGACAUCGCGGCUCAAGGAAAACUUUUGUUCGAUAAAGCUAAUUUGACUAUUGUCUACGGACGAAGAUACGGAUUGGUCGGACCCAACGGAAUGGGAAAAACUACUCUCUUAAAACAUAUUGGAGCCAGACGACUUGCAAUUCCAUCUCAUAUUGAUCUUCUUUAUUGCGAACAAGAAAUUCAAGUAGAUAGCACUUCCGCCAUUGACACAGUAGUUAAGUCUGACAAGAAACGUAUUGCUCUACUCGAAGAAGAGGCCAAGUUGAUGACACAAAUUGAAGAAGGUGUUUCUGAGGCAGCUGAAAGAUUGAAAGAAGUAUCCGAAGAGCUUAGAGAUAUUGGAGCUGAUAGUGCUGAGCCAAAAGCUCGCAGAAUCCUUGCUGGUUUGGGUUUCUCAAAAGCUAUGCAAGAAAAACCAUGCACGGAUUUUUCUGGAGGGUGGAGAAUGAGAAUUUCCUUGGCCAGAGCUCUUUUCCUUGAACCAACACUUUUGAUGCUUGACGAACCGACAAACCAUCUUGAUCUUAAUGCCGUCAUUUGGCUCGACAACUAUCUACAAACAUGGAAGAAAACUCUCCUCAUCGUUUCCCACGACCAAGGUUUCCUCGAUAGUGUCUGUACCGAUAUUAUUCAUCUCGACAACCAAAAGUUGCAUACCUACCGUGGAAAUUACACUCUCUUCAAAAAACAAUAUUCACAAGAUAUGCAAGUUCACGAGAAGAAUUUCGAUCAACAGCAGAAACAAUUGAAAGCGAUGAAGAAAGAGGGAAAGAGUGCAAAACAAGCCGAAGAGCAGCUCAAACAACAAAUGGCUAACAAAGCGAAGAAAGGAGGAAAGAAGCAAGCUGCUAAGGCAAACGACGAUGAUGAUGUCGGACAACAAGAAUUACUCCAACGUCGUAAAGAGUAUUCGGUGAAAUUCCAGUUCCCAGAAACCGACAAGUUGAGUCCACCUAUUCUAGGAUUGUAUGGAGUCACAUUCGGUUACGGAAAUGACAUUCUUUUCAAAAACAUUGACUUCGGAGUGGAUAUGGACUCAAGAAUUGCUAUUGUUGGUCCAAAUGGAGUUGGAAAGUCUACGUUGCUCAAGUUGUUGAUUGGAAAACUUGAACCACAAUCUGGAGAGCUCCGUAAGCAUCGCACCCUCCGCAUAGGAUGGUUCGAUCAGCAUGCUAACGAAGCUUUGAAUGGUGAACAAACUCCAGUGGAAUUCCUCUGUACAAAGUUCAAUAUCGACUAUCAAGAGGCUCGUAAACAACUUGGAACGACCGGACUCGCUGCCCACGCCCACACUGUGAAAAUCCGUGAUUUAUCCGGAGGACAAAAGUCUAGAGUUGCACUCUGUAAUUUGGCUCUCGGAAGUCCGGAUAUCAUCAUCCUCGAUGAACCGACGAACAACUUGGAUAUCGAAUCGAUUGAUGCCUUAGCUGAGGCUAUCCGUGAUUUCAAUGGUGGAGUUCUGAUGGUUACUCACGACGAACGACUUGUCGUUCGAACGGACUGUCAAUUGUGGAUCGUGGAAAAUCAAUCUGUGGAUGAGAUUGAUGGAAACUUUGAUGACUACAAAAAGGAAGUUUUGGACGCUCUUGGUGAAGCUCUUGUCUCCAAGAAAUAA